AUCAUGCACAACUUACAUCCGGUACUCUGAUGUUGCACACGUACACGUACUUUUCGGUACAACAAGGUUUUCUGUAAUCGAAAGCCUGAAAAUUACUUCAAAAUGGCCAUUGAACUGUUCACCGUUCUCGGUAAAUUCUAUGAUGAGUACAUGAACAAGACUUCGCAGAAGCUUAAAAUCAUCGAUGCCUAUCUGGCUUACAUCAUGCUGACCGGAAUCGUACAGUUUGUGUACUGUGUCCUCGUGGGAACAUUCCCCUUCAAUUCGUUUCUGUCCGGUUUCAUCUCGUGUGUCGGAUCAUUCGUUUUAGGAGUUUGCCUACGGCUUCAAGUCAACCCAGCCAACAAAGUAGAUUUCAGAAAUGUCUCUCCAGAACGUGCCUUUGCAGAUUUCAUCUUUGGUAGCAUCAUUCUUCACCUUGUGGUCCUGAAUUUUAUUGGAUAA